AUGCUUCAAAAUAUUUUUUUAGGUGCUGGCUAAGUUAUAAAAGGAUGGGAUGAAGGAGUUGCAUAGAUUUCUUUAGGUGAAAGAGCUACUAUUACAUGCCCUUAUUAAUAUGCUUAUGGUGAAUAAGGAUAUCCAGGAGUUAUUCCACCAAAAGCUACAUUAAUCUUCGAUCCUAAUUUUGUAUAUAAAAAUUUAUGA